AUGGACGCCCCGGUGUACCCUUCCCGCUCCUGCCUGCAGAUGGUGGACCUCCUGCUGCGGCACGGGGCGUCCCCCCUCGCCGCCGACGCCCUCGGCGGCAACACCCCGCGGACUUACGCGCAGGAGGAGGGCCUGCGCCAGAAGCUGGCCAGGGCGGAGGCGUGGUGGACCAGGCGAUCCGUGGCCCUCGCGUGCAGGGCCGCGGGCCCGCGGGGCGCGGCGGCGCUGGGCGGCCUCCUGUGGGGCGCCGUGGUGCCCGAGGCCGUCGAGGAGGUGAUCCUCGACUUCGCGUGCUGCGCGGCGGGUCGGAUGCGAUGA